AUGUGGAAAAAUAAACAUCAAUAACAAGUAUUUCAUCAGAAGAUUUUUAUUUAUGUAUGGCUCAUGAAAUCUGAGAUUAUGCUAAUCAAUUAAUAGAAGAAACUAAAAUUAAUAAUCAUACCAACUACUAUGACUAAUCAAUAAUAGGAUUAUGAAUGA